CAAGGGGGCGGUGACCGGGCAGGCUGGGUUGUGGCGGUUCCCUGGUGAUUGCGCGCUGGGGGCUGAGGCGAUUUCGGGCGUUCGGACGAUGCCGUGACGUAGCGUGGCGACAGCAUUGACGGCGUGAGCGCACCCCCGUGGAGGGAGCCCUACGGCCGCGGGGGAGGCGCGGACAGGAGGCAGGCUACAGUUUGGGGCGUUAGCGGAGCCCUUCAGUGGGUGGGGGAGGGGCGGUGGACGGCCCCCGUCUGCGCGUGCGCCGGCCCUUCUGCUGACCCGGCCGCAGGCGCGCGCAUGCUCGCUGCACGCGGAGCCGCCGUGGCCGGUCGUACUGCGCGUGCGCCUGGAGCCGCCCGCUGAGGAGCGGCGCUGGCGGACGUCGGGCGGGCGGCCGUGACGUCGUGAGGAGCGCUUUAAAGUGCGGGCCGAGCCGGGCGUCCCAGGGUCCGGCCAGGAGUCGGGCCGAGCCUCCGCGGCCGCCCUGCGCGGCAUGAGGCCCUGCCGGCGCCCCUGCCCCCCGGGACGCGGAGAAGGCGGAGGAGGAGGGAGCCUCGUCGCCGUCGCCGCCGCCGCAUGACCCGCCGCCCCUGAGGCCGCCCCGCCGCCCCUCGACGCCCCUGCUGGGCGGCGCGGCCUCGCUCGCGGGCCUGGCGCUGAGGGCCUCUGCGGCCCGGGGCCCGGGCGCGUCCCCCAGAGCCAUGCCCGGCCGCCCCGCCCGCCGCGGAGGGCCCUAGAGCAGCGGCGUGGACCAUGGCGGCCGCCAGCGGCUACACGGACCUGCGGGAGAAGCUCAAGUCCAUGACGUCCCGGGACAACUACAAGGCGGGCAGUCGGGAGGCCGCGGCCGCCGCCGCCGCCGCCGUGGCCGCCGCCGCCGCGGCCGCCGCCGCGGCCGAGCCCUACGCGGCGCCCGGGGCCAAGCGCAAGUACCCAGAGGACUCGGACCCCGAGCGCAGCGACUUCGAGGAGCAACAGCUGCAGAAGGAGGAGGAAGCGCGCAAGGUGAAGAGCGGUAUCCGCCAGAUGCGCCUGUUCAGCCAGGACGAGUGCGCCAAGAUCGAGGCCCGCAUCGACGAGGUGGUGUCCCGCGCCGAGAAGGGCCUGUACAACGAGCACACGGUGGACCGGGCCCCGCUGCGCAACAAGUACUUCUUCGGCGAGGGCUACACGUACGGCGCCCAGCUGCAGAAGCGCGGGCCCGGCCAGGAGCGCCUGUACCCGCCGGGCGACGUGGACGAGAUCCCCGAGUGGGUGCACCAGCUGGUGAUCCAGAAGCUGGUGGAGCACCGCGUCAUCCCCGAGGGCUUCGUCAACAGCGCCGUCAUCAACGACUACCAGCCCGGCGGCUGCAUCGUGUCUCACGUGGACCCCAUCCACAUCUUCGAGCGCCCCAUCGUGUCCGUGUCCUUCUUCAGCGACUCCGCGCUCUGCUUCGGCUGCAAGUUCCAGUUCAAGCCUAUCCGGGUGUCGGAGCCCGUGCUUUCCCUGCCGGUGCGCAGGGGGAGCGUGACUGUGCUCAGUGGAUAUGCUGCUGAUGAAAUCACUCACUGCAUCCGGCCUCAGGACAUCAAGGAGCGCAGAGCAGUCAUCAUCCUCAGGAAGACGAGAUUGGAUGCGCCCCGGUUGGAAACAAAGUCCCUGAGCAGCUCCGUGUUACCACCCAGCUAUGCCUCAGAUCGUCUGUCGGGAAGCAACAGGGACCCCGCUCUGAAACCCAAGCGGUCCCACCGCAAGGCAGACCCUGAUGCUGCCCACAGGCCUCGGAUCCUGGAGAUGGACAAGGAGGAGAACCGGCGCUCGGUGCUGCUGCCCACACACCGGCGGAGGGGCAGCUUCAGCUCGGAGAACUACUGGCGCAAGUCCUACGAGCCCGGGGAGGACUGCUCGGAGGCGGCGGGCAGCCCCGCCCGCAAGGUGAAGAUGCGGCGGCACUGAGGCCUGAGCCUCCGGGACUCGGCUUGAUCCUCACUAGCUGCCCCUCCUUUUGUUUCGUUUUGAGGGUUUUUUUUCCUUUUCUUUUCUUUUUUUGGUUCUUAUAUUUUUUUUCCUUGGUUUGUUGCCUGUUAAGGCUGAAGAACAGAAUUGGCCAGGACCUGGUUCUCAUGUUCUUGGUUUUCCUCCUGGAUGGAAAGGCUGUUGGCAUCUGUAGGCACAGAAGCUCAUGCUGGAGUGGCCAUUGGAGGCGUGGGGGGCAGCUGUCCUCACGUGGGGCUGUGUCAGGCUGGGUUUAUUUAAAAGCAACAAAAUGUUUUGGUUUAGAAAAAUUCUUGUUUUGCUUUAAAUGUAAAUCUUAGUGUUGUAAAUGAAGUUCAAUCUCCUCCCCCUCCCCCCACUGCUGUCUGCCAUGGGUUGAGGUCUUGCCUUGCCGGCUCUGCAGGGGGCCUGCUGCCCUCCCACCCCUCACCUGCUCUCCAGGCCCCAGCAGCUCACGCAGAUACCCCCUCCUCCUGCAGCAAUUGUUAGGGAUGACCGGGCAGAGGCCUAGGUAGUGCCAGCCCCUGUUGCCCCAGAGCUGUUCAGUUGGCUGAGACCCCGGGCUUCCUGCAUGCCCUCUGGCCUGCUCUGCCCACGGGUCCCUGGUCUGCCCAGGGGCCAGCUGCAGUGGUCCUGACCUCUUGCCAGGAGCCCGCCUCUUUGCUGGGUUGCUCCUUUUAAGCAUACACGUGUGAUUGUGUGGAACAGUUAGACUUGCCGUGUUGGGGCAGUUUUAGGAGUUGUUUCUAGCUGGAGGGACUGGCGUCCUUCUGCGUCUAGCGUUUGGGCUGGAAAAUUGUUGUGUGUGUGGUAGGGUUUUUGUUUUCUUUGGUUCGGAAUUUUCAUUUUUUCCUUUGGUCUCCUGGCUUUUUCCUUUUCCUUUCCCUUUCUUCUCCAUCGGCCCUCCUUGGGCCUUCUCCCUAUGUCAGUCCCCAUAGGAAGCUGCCCGCCCCCUCUGUCCGCCUGUAGCAUGCAUCCAAGGCCAGAGCUCAGGCCUGCAGACUGGGUUGGUGCCUCCUCCGCCUCAGGGGCAUGAGAGCUGGGGAAGGAAGGGUCCUUUAACAAAUAAUAAUGAAAGGGAAAAAAUAAGUCUUUGGCAGUUUCCACCCGCUCAGAUCCUUGAAGGCUGCAAGGUUUUGCUGAUCUGGGUUCGUUAGGAAUGUCCUCUUGCCAGCCAGGGCCAAGACCCAGGCCUGCUGAGAGCAGAGGCCCUCCCAGUCCCCAGGCUGCUACCAUCCCAGGGGGCUAGUCUUACAGAAGAGGCUGCAGAAAGCUGAGGGGCAGCCACCAUCAAGAAGCCCCUCUCAGGGGCCAGAACUCCUUUGCCAGUGUGGAUUCCUCAAGUCGGGACUGCGUAACUAAAGCAGUUGCAGUUUUAUUUUUUUUUUUUUACAGCUUUUUUCCCAAAAAUGAUUUGUAGUUGUGUGUGCAGCACUUUGCCCUGAUAUGUGUGCUCUACAAUAAAAACCAAAUCUAAUAUAUUUUGAAA